ACAAAAUUUCUAUUUUCCUCCCACAAAAUCAGAGUUUAGGGUUUUUAGCUCCAGAGAGGCGGCGCGAAGCAAGUCAAUCUCUCAAUCUCAGGAAAACAAUGGGUCACUCAAAUGUCUGGAACUCGCAUCCUAAGAACUACGGUCCCGGUUCUCGUACUUGCCGCGUUUGUGGAAACCCUCACGGAUUGAUUAGGAAGUAUGGCCUCAUGUGCUGCAGGCAGUGCUUCCGCAGCAAUGCCAAGGAGAUUGGAUUUAUUAAGUAUCGCUGAAUGUUCGAUGGAUCUGCUAUGCAUUUCCAAGGCUUUGCCUCCAGUAUGACGCUGAGAAGAUUUUCAUUUUUUUCUGCUUCAAUCAGUAAUGUAAUGCUGGAUUAAGAAUUGCUGAUUGUAUUAUUAGUUCAAUGCUCGAGCAGUAUUAGAGUAAUUUUGUUAUAUGGAUUUAAGUAAAGAGUUGCUUUGAGUUA